AUGAAGCAACCAGAGCGCCAGGCUCAGUUCGAAGCCAUGGAGAUGGAGAAUGCCGAGCUGAAAAAGGACAUCGCGGAUGUUGAGGCCGGGAUCGCCGAGACUCGCAAAGUCAUCGCGGAAAAUCAGCAGAAAUACGCGGGCCACGUUGUGGAAGGCGGCUUCUAUGUUCCGGACAUCUUCAAGCACCACCUCGACGCCCUCGAGCUCUCGGCGGGAGGACAUGUCGCCAAGCUCGUUACCGUAAUGGAGAAGAUGGUGAGGGCUUUCAAGCAUUGGGACACGACCAUGAAAGAUCCGAAGUAUCGCGCGGGCUUGAAACAGGCUUUCACAUACUACCAGACUUCGCUCGACGGCGUCGGGCUCCCCAAAGACGAAGAAGACGGCCAGGAAAUUCCAUCAGAUCAACACGAUGCGCACAAGCUGUAUGCGACUGAUGCUCUCGGAAUCCUCGCGAAUUGCUCCGGGUUAUUUGAUCAGGAGGCCAUGAAAGUGGAGGGUUCAGGUGACGAGGACGACGGGCUUCUUGACAUCCAGGACAAGGAGCUUGAGGACGAGUCUGCCGUCGAUGAGAAGAACUUGGCCAAGAAGCCCCGCGAUCUGAAGCCCCGCGAUCCGAAGGCCCACGAUCAGAAGGCCCACGAUCAGAAGGCUCGCGAUCAGAAGGCCCACGAUCAGAAGGCCCGCGAUCAGAGGGCUCCCAAGGGCAAGGCCCGCGAGGAGCAGGAGUCGAGCAACCCGGCGAUCAAGGGGGAGGAUUAUGACAGUUACGAUUUCCUGAUACCGACAGCGGAGAGCGAGACCCCCGUGAAGACCGGCCCCUUCAGUCUUAAGCAAAGGGUCAACCCCGUAAAAGCCGUGGGCUCCAAGAAGGAUCCAUCUGACAUCUUGCUAUUGCCAAAUGCUGGAGAAUCGGAGGAGGGGAAGCCUGUCAAGCGCAAAUCACGAACAGCACCGAAAGCAGACGGCAGAAAACCGGCUCGCGCUCCAGAGACCCCCAAAGUCUCCAACGUCCUCGACAGGCGUGCGUCAACCCCCCCGAUGAACCGCGACCGGCCUGUCAGCGCCCAGCCGCGGUCUGGGACUCGUGGUGGACAAAAGAGCAGUGGUGGUCAAGUCUCGCCGCCCAAGGAAGAGAAGGGCGCCAAACGCGGUUCUAACGCAGUGGAUGCUCCCGAGACGCCUGCUUCCAAGAAGUCGAAGACCGCAGUGGGUGCUCCCGAGACGCCUGCUUCCAAGAAGUCGAGCAACGCGGCUGGCGGCAGAACGCCGAAAAAACGAGCACCCAAGUCGAGGGAGACUGUGGAGGAGGAGGAUCCUGACGCAGAGGAGGGCAAUAUCGCGGCUCUCACUCCAGCAGAGCAAGAGUUUGCCGCGAAAAUGGGCUUGAAGACGACCGCCGAUUGGUGGACCGUUUUCGACAAGAGGAGUGCUCCAUUUGACCUCGACGACACUACGGGGAUCGCGAAGAUGGUUCAAGCUGGUUGGCACGAGGUUCAUUUCCCCACGGAUCCCCAGAGACGUCACAAACCUCCACCGGUAGAGGUAUUGCGAGCCGCGCAGAAGGCGGCGAGGGUGCACCGGACUUUGAUUGAGGACUCAUUGUUCUACAAGAACUGGCGCGAGAAGCAGAUUAGUGGCUCGCGUGGUACCGUUAAGACCCUUCCAGACUCUCCGAGUCUCGAGGAGCACAUGGCCCGCGAGAAGGAGGAGAAGCAGGCGAGGAGGAGGUCAAGGAAGGAGAAGAGAGCGAACGUGGAUGGCGACGCAGAUGGCGAUGGGGAUGGCGGCGCGGAGCUCGAGCCCGCACCAGCUAAGCGGCUCAAGUCGAAGGGUGUCGCGGCUCGCCUUUCGCGAGAGGAGCUCGACUCCUUUGACAAUUGGUAA